AAGGAUAAGCCAUCGUCAGCUUGAAGUCAGUGUGUUUGCAAACUUCAACAGUAAUCAGUCGACUUGGUCUGCUCUUCAGCUUCUGGUUUUAUCAGCCGAUCUCCUUCCAUAAACUACAAUCAUGCAGCUCAGUGCUUUUGUCCAGGUUGCCGUGUUGGCUGCUCUAGUUGGCAUUAGCUGUGCCGGUUACAUCGGCUAUGCUUCACCAACAUACACCCAUGCUUAUGCAGCUCCAGCCAUCAGCUAUGCAGCCCCUGCCGCCUAUGUUAAACAUGCACCAAUUGACUACUAUGCCUACCCAAAAUACGCGUACAACUACGGCGUGAAGGACUACCACACCGGUGACGUGAAGAACCAAUGGGAAGAGCGCGAUGGCGACAAGGUGAAGGGAGAGUACUCAGUGGUGGAGCCCGACGGCACCAUCCGCACAGUCACCUACACCGCUGAUGACCACAACGGAUUCAACGCAGUCGUCCACAAAACUGGGCAUGCCGUCCACCCCGCACCGGCACCUGUCUACCACCAUGGAUACCUGCACUAAGCGACACCAGCAAAACAUUCUCAUUUCCUCCCUGAAGUCUCAAAAACAUGCAAAGAAAUUCAACAAUAUUCGUAAAUAAUUUUUAUAAUCAAUACUAUGUUAAUGUCCCUAAAAUUUGAAACUGCCAUAAAAUAAAAAUUAACAAUAUUGGUCGAAAAAAUCAAAACAACAGUUCAAAGGAAUAUUAGGAAGAUAUCUCUGAAAUUUGGAAUCAUGCCGUAAAAUAUUAACAAUAUUAGUCAAAAAACAAACGUUUUUGAAAACAAAAUUUCAAAUGUCCAUUAUACGUUUCCUGGAAUUUGAAAUCAUGCUAUGAAAAUCAUCAGUCAUCCGUGAUAAAUAAUAAUAUGCUAAACUUUGGGUCGAAGUCAUCGGUGUAGCGAGUGUGUCCAUUUCUAGCACUAUGAGAUUUUAUCAAACCGAGGAAAAGUAUAAAAAUAAGUUUAGUGAAGCAGUAAAAAUUGAAAAUAUCUAGUAAGAUAUCUGAGGGUGGAGUAAUGUUUGAAGGAUCAAUAAUCUGAGUUAGCAGUUCAUAGAUUGAAGGCGAAAUUCGGAUUAGUAGUAGAGUUGUCUUGGGUAGUUGAGAAAAUAACUUGGUGGUUGAAUAAACAUUCUCUAUCUUCUUGUACGUCAGAUACUUGAAGAUAUUUUUUUGCUAAAUUACAUAUAUGUAAUAGUACCGUAGUGAUUAUCAAUGAUAAUCAUAAUAUGAAACAAAUUUUAAUUUUUUUUUACAUGUCAGAUGUGAUAGUGAAUUGAAUAGCUACUUUCGAUGAUGGCAGAUGGCAAUUUCCAUCUAAUUUGAAAUGUAUGCCUAGCAUUCGUUUGAGAUGGCAGCACUCAUGAAUGAAUAAUUAUGAGAGUCAUUUGGGUGUUUGGAGCUUGGAGCUUGAAAACGGAAUUGCUAGAGGAUUUAUCAAUGAUUUUGUUCAUUAGUGCUGGUGCUGAAUUGUCAGUACCUAACUUUUUGAAAGAUUUUGCAAUUGAACCUAUUUAAAUUACUUCCAAUGAUCUCUUAGGUUUUAUCUGUAGAAAUCAAAACCAAAAUGCCAUCAAUAUGUAUCUUAUUUUUUCAGGAAUAAACAUUUAAAUAAACUAUCAUCUAUUGUACUAUUUUUUUUUUAUUUGAGAGUUGUAUCACGGGAGGAAAUUGACAUUACCUGAAAAUCAAAAAAGGAAAAAUCAAAUCAAAUGGACUAAAAUCAAAAAGGAAUUAUCAAACCUGUGAAUGUUCUAUGAGCGAGAUGUCUUUCAAGUGUAGUGCUUAGAAUUGAAUUUCUAUUUUCUUACAAAUUAUUUAUAAAUGUAUAAAUGUGUUCUUCUCUUGUAUAUAUAAUAUUCGUUUUGUAUUUUUAUUGUGUACCUCAACUUUAUCAUGAAUUUUGUACAAUAAAAUAUUGUCAACAAAAACU